AUGGUUUGGUUUAAAUUGUCUUUGUCUUCAGGGGCCAUCUCUGAUGAGGACCUCAAUGGAUGUGAACAGCAGCCAUGCCAAAAUGCUGGUGUGUGUGAGAGCCACAAUGAAGGUUUCAGAUGCCUUUGCUCCCAACAAAGCCAAAAUGGACGCCUGUAUGGAGGAGAGACCUGCACAACUGCACUUUCAGGCUGUGAUGGCAACCAAUGCGGGAAUGGAGGAAUAUGCUCUCCCUUACUUAUCAAUGAUCAGCACACCUAUACAUGCGUCUGCCUUGCUGGAUUCACAGGCCCUAAAUGCCAGACUCCCACUGUCUUUUCAUUUGAGUCCCCAGGCUACAUGUACAUAGAGACUCAGCUUCUAGACCUAGAGGCUCCUCUUAAUGUGACAUUCAGCUUCAGGUCAACAAGACCAAUCGGUACCCUUUUGCAGCGCAGAGUAGAUGACCUGCUUCUCAGCAUUGAGCUGAUGAAUGGGCAUCUCUGCCUCCACAGCAUGAGAGGUCCAGGCUCCAGCAUGUUGGUUCAGGAGCUGCCAGAGUACUUGUCCAACAACAAGUGGCACACGGUGGAAGCAUCGCUGGGCACCAUGGUCAGCCUCAUCAGGCUGCUCUGCACUGAAGGAAGCUGCAACAGAGACUCCAGCUCUGAAGUCCAAAUGCUUGAGCAAGCCUCUGCUCUCCCAGAGCCAGGAACAGUUAAUCAAAGCCUCUUUAUAGGAGCAUUUGGGGGUAACUGGGAUAUAGGAAAGUUAGUGAAUGAAGCAAGCCACCCGCCUGCUUUUCUGGGCUGCUUCAGGGAUGUCUUUGUGGAUUCACAUCUGGUGUUGCCUGUUAUAGUGCCAGAAGUUUCAAACAUCCAGGCAAACAUCACUGUGGGAUGCAGCGACAAAGACAAGUGCAAUGACAGUCCGUGUCAGAACCGAGGGCGCUGUGUGAGCCAGGGCUGGAGGAAUUACAUGUGUGAGUGCCACAGGCCAUAUGAGGGAAGAAACUGCACAGAGGAGUAUAUUACUGCAAGGUUUGGAAACAAAGACUUGGAGAGUUAUGCUUUCUUCUCAUUAGACGAUGACCCAGAUGAGACUGUGACUAUAUCCAUGUUCAUUCGCACCAAACAGUCCAGUGGCCUGCUCCUUAUCCUGGCCAACAGCACCAGCCAGUACCUCCGCCUAUGGCUGGAAGAGGGCAGGGUCAAAGUUCAGGUCAACAACUUUAAGAGCCUUGUUGGUCGGGCUGAAGUUAAUGAUGGUCAUUUCCAUCUGUUGACUGUGAAGCUGGAAGAAACUGAAGUCUUCUUGUUCCAGUCAACACAGAGCCAGGGCUCUAUGCACAUUCAACCCAUCCAGGCCCACUCUGGGGAUCUGGUUUUCGUUGGGGGGCUACCAGACUCAAGGUCCUCUGCCUCAUUUGGUGGCUACUUUAAGGGAUGUGUCCAGGAUUUGAGAAUUAACAGCAAACGGCUGCAGUUCUAUCCCAUUGCAACUCCAGUGGAGUCUCACAGCCUGGAGCAACUCAUCAAUGUUGCACAAGGAUGCAGCAGUGACGAUGCCUGUGCUGUCAACCCUUGUCUCAAUGGUGGAGUGUGUUACUCCAUGUGGGACGAUUUCAUCUGUAACUGCCCCCCCAACACUGCAGGGCAGCGCUGUGAGGAGGUGAAAUGGUGUGAGCUGUCUCCCUGCCUUGCCACUGCUGUUUGUCAACCUCGCUCUCAGGGCUUUGAGUGUUUAUCUAAUGUGACAUUUCGGGUUGAAAGCAGUAUUUUGCACUACCGGAGCAAUGGGAAGAUAAAGCACAGCCUCAGUAGUGUUUCUCUCAGCUUCCGCACAAGACAGUCUGCUGCCAUCUUAGUUCAUGCACAAGAGGACUCAGACUACCUCACAGUCUCCCUCCUGGACUCACAUGUGGUCAUGGGGCUCCAGGUUGGAGCUAACAACGAAACCCGCAAGGUGACAGUUCGAAGCCAGGGCCCAGUCAGUGAUGGAGAGUGGCACACUGUGGAGCUCAGCAUGGAGAACCAGACACUACCGACCUCCAGGUGGAUCAUGGCUGUGGAUGGAGGUAAAGAAGAGCUCAGCGUGUCCAAAACAACUGCAGGAAAUCUGGAUUUUCUUAAGGAGGGAGCAGACAUCUUCCUGGGGGGACUGAGCCUAGAUGCUGGAGUGAAUCUUUCUGGCUGUUUGGGGCCAGUGGAGAUUGGAGGCCUUCUUCUCCCUUUUCACCAAGACAUAGAGUUGAACCUCCCCAGACCUCAAGAGGAGCAGUUUGCCAGAAUGAACAGCAAUGCUUCCCCACAAUACGGCUGCUGGGGGGACAGUGUGUGUACACCCAAUCCCUGUAAGAACGAGGGUGUAUGCAAGGACCUGUUUGACCUGCAUCACUGCACAUGUCCCUCCAAGUGGAGAGGGCCACUGUGCCAAGAGUCAACAAACACCUGCUUCUCCAGCCCCUGCAUCUAUGGAAACUGCACCAACCUGCCCGAGAGAUACAAGUGUGUGUGUGACGUGGGCUACAGUGGUGAACAGUGUGAGGUGGAAGUUAAUAUGUGUGAAAACAACAAUUGCGGCAAUGGUGCCACGUGCCUCAAGGGAUUCAAGAGUUACACGUGCCUCUGUCCACAUAAUGUGACAGGCCAAUACUGCGAUGAAAAAAUUCCUGAAAUCCCAUGGUACAUUGAGACCAAUCCACUUCCUCAGUUGCCUAAGUCUACAUGCAUGGGUACAAGAUGGAACUACAGCUGCUUUAAUGGAGGGAACUGCUCUGAAACUGACAGCACCUGUUACUGCCUGCCUGGUUUCACGGGACAGUGCAGCAGCAAGGAACCAAUUUCAGCAAAAAACUUUGCACCCAUUGGCUCUGUAUCAAACACAUGGGAUCAGUUAUGCAGUUUUUCCAGUGACAAAGCUAGCCUUAGACUUCCUACAGUUAUGUUACACAUGUUGCAUCUUCUUGUUUUUUGUUCUGUCCUUAUUUUUCCUUCCAGGUGUGAGAAGGACGUGGAUGAAUGUGCCUCCGAUCCAUGCAUGAACGGAGGCUUUUGUCUCAACUACGUGAACAGUUUUGAGUGUGUGUGUGAUAUGGAUUUCUCAGGGGUACACUGCCAAAUCGACGUCAGUGACUUCUACUUGUACCUCUUCUUGGGCCUGUGGCAGAACCUCUUCCAGCUGGCGUCCUACCUGGUGAUACGCCUUGACAAUGAGCCAGAUAUUGAGUGGAUAUUCCAUGUCAAUGAUUAGGCCCCUACUUGUCUAUUAUUGGAGUAGCAGUCCAAACUGGACUGAACUUGGGUCUAGUUGGAGGGUAGGAACAAAUGUUACAAAUUUAGAGCUCAAAAAUGGUCUUGAAUUAGCAUUAAUCAUUAUAAACAUUUUAUCAAUAACCUGCAAACAGCAUAUCAGAUUAUGUGCUUCUUUAUACCAAAGGCAAGAGAGCCACAAUAUGUCCAAUCAGUCAUUUCUGUGGGCAAAUACAUGUCAUCAAAUUCAUUAUGAGCAAAUGUAUCUACCUACAUUGUCUCAGUGGUAAGGGGUGCUUCUCUUUUGUGGCCACCUGUGCUUUAGGUUAAUAAAUUGGUGUGUAUCUACAGUACAUAACAUUUUCUGUCUAUUGCAGCCUUAACUGGAUCCUAAUUGCAGACGCUUUUGUGAUCUCACAUCUAUAAACGAGUCAGUUCCUAGAUCAGAAGAGACAGGGAAGAACAGUUGCAAUAAAUAUACAAUACAUGUGUAUUAUUUUAGUGUACUGACAAGGUCAUUGAUAGUAAUGUGUCUGUCGUGAACAGAUUUGUUUGGUAAUGAAUAUUACACCAUAUUUAUUACAGUAUAUUAAUGUAUUUCUCUGGUUCUCAUACUGAAAACCAUACUUUAGUUUGUCCGGUGCCUUACACUUUUUUUUAUCUGGAGCACUGCUUUCUGAUCACUGUAUGUUUUAUAACUGUUCAGGGACACAUUCACAUACAAUUAUAAACUCAUGGAUGUUAAUAAAAUACCUGUCCAUAGACAGGAAGUUGUGUAUUCAAAAAUAUGUACCUAAUACAAAUUAAUGAAGGGUGCGUGUGGUACCCAACCUGUAUGAUGAAAACAGAAAAUAAACUUGUUGAAAUGUUUGGAAUUUUUUUUUCUUUUUUUUUUUUUUAAUUUAAAACAUAUUUCUUUUAUGCAACAGACAAAAAUAAUAAUGAUCACACAACUUCAAUACAACUCUUUACAAAGAAAAUACACUUAGCUUCUAACCCAGUGCCUACAGGUAAACUAUGAUGCAAACAAAU